UAGUGGCAAACCGAGCACACGAGCACACGGUGGUAAACUGAUAGGCGGCCUGCACAUAAGUGAAGAUAACUUCAACACAGAUACCAACUAUUUAACUGUAAACUGUAAUCAAAACUCAAGCAAACCCCAUCAUGAUACCGUGCAUAAAAAAAGAGUAUCAAAACGUGGUGAUUAGCACCGGCAACAUCAUUAACAACGAGCUCGGGCAGCGCAAGUCCAACGAGGAACUGUACGAUGGGCUGAAAAUAACGCUGCACAGUGACCCAAAUGUCGAGCGCGUGGUGGUCGAAAUCGACGAGCUGCAUGGACGUGUACAGCAUGCCACAGAGGAGCUGACCAACAGGCUGACGGAGAACCAACGCAGUGAGAUUAGCAUCGGCGCCAAGAUAUUCCUCAACAACAACUCCACGGUGUUCAUAGAGCAGGCGGUGGACACCUUACUCAACAUACUCAAUGUGACGCACGUGGACAACGUGGUGUUGGCCUACCACCCCAAUGCGAGUGGCACCACAUCGCCCGUUGCCAACGCAACAGCUGAGUCCACAACAGCAGCACCGGCCGUCAAAUCUCCGUGCUCUGAGGCAAACCCCGCACCCUCGAGCGUCUCCAACUGGAGCGCUCGGAAUGGAGCCCAGGGCGUAAUCGAACUCAAGGAACUCUACAGGUCCCUGGAGCAGUAUGCACUCAACCAAAAGAUCACGCAGCUGGGCAUUGCGGACCUCGACGCCGAGGCGCUGGCGGAGCUGCACAAGUCAGCCGCAGUCGCCCCCACCAUUGCGCAGGUUAAUCUGUCUACCUGCUGCCGUGUGCCCACGGAGCUGCAAGAGUUCUGUGCCGCCCACGACAUCCAGCUAAACACACACGGCGAUCCCGAGCUGCUGCUGCCGGAGGAACAGUUUUCUGGCCUCGCGCCUGGCUACACAAUUGAUUGGUCGUUGCGCUACCAAGUUCAUGUCCGCUGUCGGGGCGUUCUCACUGCCAAGGGCUAUAUUGUGGGGGCCUCGCGGCCCAUACCCAGUGCCAGCACCAGCGCCAAAGCUAGCGCAUAGGCAUAGGCAUAGUCGAGAGGCAGAAAGAAGCUUAGCUUUAGUUAAAAUAUUUGUGUGUAUACCUGUAUACUGUGUCGUAGUUCUGUACUUAUUGUUUGUUAUACAAAACCCAGAUGAUCGAUUGAUUUUAUUGUAAACGAUUUUUCAAACUUCUUCUGAAUAUAAAGCGUUUCAAAAACGGCAAACCAG